UUCCUCUUCCACUGCUCCCUCCUCCGUCCUCCCCUUCACCAACCAAACCAACCAAACCCUCUCCGAUGGCCGCGCCCGUGUCGCAGCCGCCGGUGGCCGCCAGGGCGUCCACGCGGCUCCUCCCCCGCGGGCUGGGCGCGCUCCCGGAAUCCGCGCCCGCCUCCCUCCGCUUCUCCGUCGGCCGCCGCCGCCGCGCCGCUCGCCUAGAGGUAAAGGCAUCAGGAAAUGUCUUUGGGAACCACUUCCAGGUUGCAACCUAUGGCGAGUCUCAUGGAGGGGGUGUUGGUUGUGUUAUCAGUGGUUGCCCACCCAGAAUUCCUCUCACUGAGGCAGACAUGCAAGUAGAGCUCGACAGAAGACGUCCGGGUCAGAGUAGAAUAACCACUCCGAGAAAGGAGACUGAUACAUGCAAAAUUCUAUCAGGGACACAUGAAGGGAUGACCACUGGCACACCAAUUCAUGUCUUUGUCCCAAACACAGAUCAAAGAGGCGGAGAUUACAGUGAAAUGGCUAAGGCAUAUAGACCUUCCCAUGCAGAUGCAACCUAUGACUUCAAGUAUGGUGUUAGAGCUGUGCAGGGAGGUGGAAGAUCAUCUGCCAGAGAAACCAUUGGCAGGGUGGCCGCUGGAGCUCUUGCAAAGAAAAUUCUGAAGCUCAAAUCUGGAGUAGAGAUCUUGGCAUUUGUUUCCAAAGUGCAUCAAGUUGUACUUCCAGAAGAUGCAGUUGAUUAUGAAACUGUAACCAUGGAACAGAUAGAGAGCAACAUUGUUAGAUGUCCUGACCCAGAAUAUGCAGAGAAAAUGAUUGCUGCCAUUGAUAAAGUACGAGUUAGAGGGGAUUCAAUUGGUGGGGUUGUCACAUGCAUUGCAAGAAAUGUUCCACGUGGUAUUGGCUCUCCUGUUUUUGACAAACUUGAAGCUGAACUGGCAAAAGCUAUGCUUUCUCUUCCUGCAAGCAAGGGGUUUGAGAUUGGCAGUGGGUUUGCUGGUACUGACUUUACUGGAAGCGAGCAUAAUGAUGAGUUCUAUAUGGAUGAGGCUGGAAAUGUGAGAACACGAACUAAUCGCUCAGGCGGUGUACAGGGAGGGAUAUCAAAUGGUGAAAUUAUUUACUUCAAAGUGGCUUUUAAGCCAACAGCAACCAUUGGGAAGAAACAAAAUACUGUGUCAAGGGAGCAUCAGGAUGUUGAACUUUUGGCACGGGGGCGCCAUGACCCAUGUGUUGUCCCUCGAGCUGUUCCUAUGGUAGAAUCCAUGGCUGCAUUGGUCCUGAUGGACCAGCUCAUGGCACACAUUGCUCAGUGUGAGAUGUUUCCUCUGAACCUUGCUCUACAAGAACCCAUCGGAUCGGCCAGCAGUGCUUCUGAAUUGGCGCCAAACCUAUCAUAAUGUCUAUGUUGGAACAAAAACCCCCUGCUUGGGUUUGUGCCCACCAGUUUCUUCCUUUGUCAGCCAUAAUUCUGGGCUUUGCUAAGCAGUUUGCAGUUUUGAACCAUACCCUCGAUUAUUGUACCCUAGACCUAGAGAUCAUAAAGUGAAUAUCAUGAUAGAAACGCAUUAAUGUUUUGUGUUGUGUAGUAUAACACAGCAGGACGUGUACCCCUUUCUUUUUUGGUGAGAGGACGUAUGAUAUGCAGUCGUUUGAUCAAUAAAGAGUAGUAUCUUUUUUCAA